AUGGAAAUGUUUGAGGUUGAAGCUGCAUCUAUAGCUUCGACACUUCCGAUACUUCCAACUCCUCCAAUACCUUCGGAUUCUCCAACACCCCAAAUAAUUCCGAUACUUCAAACACCACCAACGCCUCCAAUACCUGAAAUUUCACCAGUAACUUCAAUACCACAAAUACUUUCAACGUCUUCAAUGCCUCCCAUAUCUUCUACAGAACUUGACACAGAUCACUCAUCGGAGUUUGAGUCUGAGUCAAGGAAAGCUAUGUUAAAGCAGGAGAGAACUCCCCUUGUAAACAUUAGCGAAAGGAAAGAAGCGCACGCAGACGACUUGUAUUCGGACGACUUAUAUUCGGACGGUGUGAAAUGGACAACACCUAAAAUGCCUAUUCCAAAAAGUCUACCUAUGUCAAGUCGAGUUUUGCAGAUGAACUAUGCCUUAUGCCGGCUCACUGAUCCACCCCUCCCGAUUCGUAUCUCGGACGCUCUUCAUCCUUUUCUUCUCUUCUACGAUGUGCAAAGAUCUUGCGCUCUUUCACUUGAGAAUCUUUUGGGCUUCUAUGGCAUUCUUUUAUACCAAUUAUUGUGGGGUGACAAAAAACACGGCCGAGUCACAUUUUCUCAACAUCCCGCUUAUUUCGACAUCGAACACCCCGACACAUCCAGUAGUUUCAUUGAUGCUCCCAACUUUGAUGUUGGGCGUACCUCACCUCUAUCUCUGAAUAGGAAACUUGCAUUCAUUUUAUUGUUGCAAGUAGCCAAACAAACUCCGUCCCUGCGAGUGAUUAAAAAGUGCCCUGAGGCGGUGCCGGAUUGGCACCGUAUCGAUCACUUAUUGUGUCUGGGCUAUAAGGAAUAUUCGUGGGCCAUAUAUUCUCCUGCUGACGCGAACGUGUGCAUGAGUUAUGCUCUUAAAACAUGGAGUCGAGUGCAACACCAUGACCCUCGGUUGUUUUCACAAGAAUGCUUCGAGAGUAUGAAGUUGUCUAGCAAUUUUGGAGAGGUAAAAAGGUCCGAUCAAUACCGAGAACGUAGGGCAGGUUCUUCAUUCCUUCUUCAUAGUUCAGGACGUCCAAGUAAAGAGAUCGAAAACCGUAAACCAUCUGAUAUCAAAUUGUAUUCCAAUCUAACGAAAUCACCUUUCGAUAACCAUGUUAAGUUGAACGGAAUAUACUCUAGCGUACAGAAAUUGCUUGGCAAAUAUGAGAUUUUACCAAAUGCUACUCGACGCAUGGUUUGGACAUGUAAAUGUGGACAUGCUUCCUACGACGACUUUACUGAGUUCCCAGGUCGGGAAGGAGCAGCUGUAGAUUUUGCAAAGGAAUUGAUGAAAACAGGCUACAUAACUCGAGCACAGAUAACAAGUCAAUCAUUAGGGACGAAACUGAGGGUAAGUGGGAGAUUUCAAAAUGGCAUUAAUCUCAUCUCGAGAAAACUUUUGAAAAUUCGGAACACCUCUCUGUCAACGUUUGUCAAAGCGAGUCUCCCGAAAACCCCAGUUUGUCUACCUGCCGAUGGGUGCCGUUGGCUUCACUUGUGCAUGAAGGAAAAACCAUAUGCAACUCAUCUCAAGCCACUUCACGUGUGUAAGGAUGAAAAUCAAGAUCCAUUGACCGACAAAACUUUCUUCAGAGCUCUUAAACACGCUUAUAGCAAAGAAAGAACGUGGAGGGAUUGGGCAAUUUUGAAGUUGAGAAGAAUCGAGUUUAUAGGUUUCGAAGCCUGUCCAGGCGACUAUGUUGAUCAUAUCAAACCUAAUGAUCUUCCACCAAGUACCAAUGAGUAUGAUUUUGCACCGCCACCACCUCCGAAAAUGGUUCCUCCUACAGGCCCAGAACACAUGCUGCAUCUUUUCCAAGACUGCCCUUCAAUUUCUGAUGUCAAUUCAAAUUUCUACCUCCAACGAAUUCCCCGCAGGAAGAUCGAACCGAUCGCAUUUAAUGCAAAUAAGUUAAGCGAAAAUCUAGGCUGGGGAUUACAUUUUGUCGAGGGAUUAAAUACGUCCUUGGCAAUUACCGUUAUGUUUAUACUCUCCUCAGUCUUAGGAAUAGCAUUUGCUAUUUGUUGGACGAUAUUGGAGAAAGAUAUUCAAGGAGCAUUUGGAGUUGCCGCUUAUAUUACUAGUGUUGUGACCCUGGCGAUAAGGAAGAGGCAGAGAGCCAAUCAGUGA